UAAUAGGUGUAAACUUUGGCAUGAAGCGUCGUUUUCAAGAGCUAAAAAAAGAACGGAAAUAGAGUAACGUCAGAUUAGAUGAAAGUUUUAUGCGCAGAGAAGUUUGCUGCGUUCAGGCUCCGCCCACCGAGUUGUCCUGGGAACCGACGUUCCCAAACUUUGGCAGUAAAACGGUUUUUAAAGCUGCUUUUGGGCUCCGCUCCCGUUCGGAGGAUUAUGUUUGGAAAGGCUUCACUUUGAGUGUCCAGGGAGAUGAAGAUUAAUCGUAAUCAGGCUCCGCUGUAUGGGCAGUGUGUUCUCACAGUGCAGCUUGGCGAUGAAGAGCUGGCCGCAGACAAGGAGCCACUGGAUUACUUCCUGCUGUUUGCUGGCAGCACACAGUGUCACCUGACCAGCACCCUGAGGAGUGGACACGACACCUUACAGGCUUUAUGUCCUGCUCAUAACUGCUGUGAGUUGGUGUCCGUCACCUUGUGUUCCCGUAGCCGAGGUGCCCUCAAGGUCCCUGAGGACCCAGUGGCACAUCUGCAUCACAUAACUCGAUUAGCUGAACAUCCAUUCUGCUUUGUCCAGGAUUUGGCUUUUGACAUGGCCCAGUUCUUGGUCAGCACUGCGGGUCGAGUCGACGGCCUGGAUGGGGCACUGAUGCUUGAUGAGUGUCAGAUUCCGCUGCAGGAGUGUGAGCGUCUGGAUGAGAGUCUGGCGUUGGCUCUUCAGCACCUCAGCCUGCCUGCAGGAUGGAGCCUGCUCGGGAACAAACCUGCCAACAGCACUGACGUGAACCCUCGGGAGACUCUGCUGCAUUUCUCUGCACGCCGAGGCCUAAUGCGCGUUACGCUCUUCCUGCUGCAGCAGGCCGGAGCUGAAGAGGCCGUGCGACUCGCCAACAGACAAGGCCACACCCCUUCUGCACUCGCAGCGCUACGAGGGAACAAAGUGCUCCACGCCAUCCUGGCACAGGCUGAGACUGAUCCACACAGAAGGACUGAGACUGUUCAGCUGGUCCCCUCAGACACCAGGGUCCUCUGCAAUCUCCCUAGGUUGAACACGCACACUCUGACACUUGGCAUUGUCCCUGACCGUGACCCCCCAACCCUUCAGAGGACUGUGGAGCAGCUGCAGCACUUUAUAUGUCAUCUCCACGCCAAGGGAGUUUCUGUACUGGAGCUGCAGUCGGAUUCUUUGCACACAGCUGCUGAGUGUCGUGACAGUCUAGACAGGGAACCAGCCUGUCUGGAGCUUUCUGCAGCACAACAGUGGAGCCGGACAGAAAACUACCCUGAAGACGUCAACCACAGCAUUGUUGAUGGUGGAUGUGGUGGACCAGAGAAUGCAGUGGAGGGCUGGACUUUGUCUCCAAGUACUCAGUUGUCAGUCCUACACCUCCAGGAACAUGGCCACAGCCUCCCAGAGGACAGGGUGUGUCUUAGUUCAAACACUGGGAGAGAUUACAGCCAUACGGGGGAGGAAGAAGGGAGGGAGCAGCAUGGUGCUUCUGCCCAGAACUUGAGUUUGUGUGAUGGCAGUGAAGAAGCUCAGAGUGAGGGAGAAGCUGUGAGGCUUGCUGUGGGAAUCCCGUUUCCACCAGCCUGUGGUAAACAGAAACAGGAAGCCAGUAGAGGAAAGCCUGUAAUCCUGGAAGUGCAAGGGGUCACAAAGGACAAAGGCAGAGCCAAGCAAGGAGAGGACAACACUGGCAGGAGGAAGGUGGAGGACACAGAAAACACCUCCACAGAAUUUACAGCACUUUCAGCCAUGGGCCACUCUGUCUCAUCAGAGGGCUCGGACAUAUUGGAUGUCUCUGAUUCUGACCUGGAGUGUUCUCAGGACGAUGUGAGACUGGAACAUGAUGGCUUAACAGAUUCUGAAUCAGUCCCAGUAGACCCCACCUUCAUACACUGCAGUGAUGUCAUCGAUGCUGCAAGUUCCGAAUCUGAUCUUCUACAUCUUGUGAUAGAAAGCGCCCAUGAAGGGGAACCUCCACCGGACAUAAACAGCCUGGAACAAAACCAGGAAACAGCUGGUGGGGAUUACUCUCCAGCUGACGCCAGCAGCUGUUCAGUUCCAGACACUGAAAUGAAUUCUGGAAAUUGUACUGCUAAUGAGCAGGAUAGAUUGGUGUUAACAGGUAGAGAUGAACUUCUGACACUCCCUGGACACUUUAUAGAAAAUACCACAGGGAAUUUUCAGGCCAUUUGUGAAUCAGCAGAGGAUAUAGGGAGAGCUCUGUCCAUCUGUGGCCCAUCACCUGAAAUGAUCCACAGCUCUGUUGGUGUACACGACGAUCUUGAUUCAGUACUACUUUAUGGGCUUUCCAGUGAAGAAGAUGGCAGUUACAGAUCUGUUGGAAGCUCUAUAACAGAAAUUUUUCAUUUGACUGAGGACACUGACAAUGCAAUAAUGGAGAAGCAAGAAUUGACUGAGUCAAAAUUGUUGGAACUGUCCUCUUCAGGACUAAAGAUGGAUGAGGGUAAUAAUAUGAAACAUGAUGGAAGCAAUGAACAUUCACUAAGCGUGGACAGAGGACUCCUCUCAGAUCCUGGCAAUGCCAGGGCACUGACAGAGACUGACUACUGGCAGGCUGGCACUGAGCCUGAAUCACGACGGUCACUCAACUGCCAUACAACAGAGCCAUUGAAUCCAGAGUGGACAGAGCAGAAAUUCAGUCCAGAACUUUCUGACCACAAUCAGUCAUUAAAUCUGAUGUUCCAAGUCAGCAGGAGUGAGACUGGAGAGGCUGCAGUCUCUAAUCUGAAUGUAGCGACUGGGUGUUCAGGAUCAGAAGUCACUAAGAUGAGCAUAUUUGAAACUAAAGUUUGUGUUUCAGUCGAGGGUGAACCCACAGAUGAAAAAGACUCUCAGCCUGUCGUGACUAGUGAGGAAAUGGCUUCAGCAGAGAACAGUGAGCACCCAAAGAUGACAUCAUCUGAUGGAUUAAAGCAUGCAGAGAUUGAUACCACAGUGUCUUCAUCACAACAUGUGGUAGCAGAACCAAGUGUUUCAAAUGAUACAGUGAGUGGACAACCUUCUAAGGAGGAGCUGCUGGACACUACAAGGAUUUCAAACAAUGAAGCGAGUGGACAACCUGUGGAAGAGCUGCUUGAAGCUACAAGCAUUACAAAUGAUGAAGCAAGCAGACAACCUCCUGAGGAAGAGCUGCCAGAAGCUACAAGUAUUUCAAAUGAUAGGGCAAGUGGACAACCUCCUGAGGAAGAGCUGCCAGAAGCUACAAGUGUUUCAAACGAUAGGGCAAGUGGACAACCUCCUGAGGAAGAGCUGCCAGAAGCUACAAGUGUUUCAAAUGAUAGGGCAAGUGGACAACCUCCUGAGGAAGAGCUGCCAGAAGCUACAAGUGUUUCAAACGAUAGGGCAAGUGGACAACCUCCUGAGGAAGAGCUGCCAGAAGCUACAAGUAUUUCCAACGAUAGGGCAAGUGGACAACCUCCUGAGGAAGAGCUGCUGGAAACUAUAAGGAUUUCAAAGGAAGCAAGCGGACAACCUCUUGAGGAAGAGCCGCUGGAAACAAAGAUUUCAAACAAUGGAGAUAAUGGACAGCCUCCUUCGGAGGAACUACUGGGAUCUCCAAGAAUUUCAAAUGAUGGUGUGAGCGGACAACCUCCUGAGGAAGAGCUACUGGGAACUACAAGGAUUUCAAACAAUGGAGCGCACAGACAGCCUCCUGAAGAAGAGCUACUGGGAACUACGAGGAUUUCAAAGGAAGCGAGCGGACAACCUCCUGAGGAAAACCUGCUGGAAACUACAAGCAUUUCAAACAAUGGAAGGAGGGGACAACCUACUAAGGAAACACUACUGGAAACUAUAAGCAUUUCAAAUGAUGGCGCGAGCAGACAACCUCUUGAGGAAGAGCUGCUGGAAACAAAGAUUUCAAACAAUGGAGAUAAUGGACAGCCUCCUUCGGAGGAACUACUGGGAGCUCCAAGAAUUUCAAAUAAUGGUGUGAGCGGACAACCUUCUGAGGAAGAGCUACUGGGAACUACGAUGAUUUCAAAUGAUGGAGUGAGCAGACAGCCUCCUGAGGAAGAGCUACUGGGAACUAUGAGGAUUUCAAAUGAUGGCGCAAGCAGACAACCUCCUGAGGUAGAGCUAUUGGGAAAUACAAGACCAAUUCAAGAUGCCGUAACACGUGAAAUCAGUGGUGUCGAGGAGAAAGGCGACAUUACAGCAGAGGACGGCCAGCUUCCUACAGUCCAUCGAGAUAAAGACACAUCCUACCUUCAGCACUCAGGAUUCUCAUCGGCUUUGGCCAUCACCACCACACACAGAGAUUCCAGCAGUGAUGUGGAAACCCUGCUGAGCGCUGAACCAGGAUAUGACGGCGUCUUCAAACAGAGCGAUGAACCCCUGAUGACAGGAGACAGCGCCAGCGAAGUUUCCAUCUCCUGUUCCUCCACAGAUGACAACACCAGUGUGGGUCUGUGCAGUUCCAGUCCAGAGGGCCAGAGGCUGAGUUGGAGCCCAGAGGACAGCGUCCAGACUGGAACUCCUGUCCCUGCAGGAGAGGACAGCGGUGGUGGAGGAGGAGCAGGGGAAGCUGAAGAGGAGGCCAAAGACAGAGUAGCCGAGGUGCCGCUGCGCUCCAAACUCUUCAGAUCCAGCUUCCGCUCAAAAUCUCCACUCCGUCGCCAUAGCUGGGGCCCUGGCAAGAACAGCGGAGGAGACUCCAAAAUGAAUCAAAGAAGCUACAGCCUGGAAGGCCUCAGUGGAGUCCAGGAGGAGCUGAGGAGGUCCGGUGUUAUGGUGCCGGACAUCCUGGAGCCAUCAAGGAGACCUGCACCUGAAGUCAUGGAGCGGGGCUCCUUGGUGUCUCUUACAGAGGAGCAGGAGGACAUGGGGGAACAUGUUGGACUGAGCGAACAGAAGUCGCUGCUCUUCCAGCCUUUGCGGCACAGCUGCACCUCCAAGCUGCUCCCCCUCACUAAGUCCGUGUCCAUGCUCGCCAUCAGCCAGAGAGAUACAGACGGUCAGAGGUCGCUGAACAGGAUCUCUGGAUCGGUUGCUUGCAGUAUUUCGGAGGAGGAACCUGGACCUCUGCGCAGCGAUGCUGAAGGGAAAGGUGUGACGAAAGUCAGCCGUACCUUCAGUUACCUGAAGAGCAAAAUGUACAAGAAGACCAGGGAAAAAGAAAAAGAGAAGAAGGAAAAAGACAAGGAGAGCAAGGACAAGGAGAAGAGGACAGUGAAUGGUCACCUGUUCACGCUGGUGAGCUCAGGCCAGGCCACCCAGUGCUCCCAGUGCUCCCAGUGCUCUCACUGCAACAAGCCUUUCAACAAUAAGGAGAUAUUCCAAUGCACAUACUGUAAUGCUUCCGUCCACAAAGGCUGCAGGGAAACGCUGCCUGUGUGUGCCAAGGUGAAGAUGAAGUUUCCCAAACAGCAGAUAUCAGUCCCAGAUUCAGCUUCUACUCCUGCAGUCACGAUGAGGAACAAAUCAGCUGGGACUCGGGAGCGGCCUUGGUCAGCCAUCUUGGUGGAUGAGUCUGUCACUGAAACUGCUCUCCAGAGCAGACAGAACAUCCAGCAGGGGGUGACACUCUCUGAUGUACUCUCCAUUCAGUCCCGUGUUGACGACAUGAACAUUAAAGGCCUGCGGUACCUUUCCCAGUCCACAGACUCCCUUAACAGAACCAACCACAUCACAGAGUCCAUGGAAUCCCUCACUGAUGAAGGCACAGAGAUGAUGGACGGACAGCUGAUGGGGGAGUUUGAAGUCGAGGCCAAAGAUCUGGAGGUGGAUUCGUGGAGCUUGAGCGUGGACCAGCAGCAACUGCAGCAGCUGGACAAAGAGCUGGUGAAGAGACAGGAUGUUAUCUACGAGCUCAUGCAGACGGAGAUGCAUCAUGUCCGUACUCUGCGCAUCAUGUCAGAAGUCUACAGCAAAGGCCUGCAGAAGGAGGUGCAGCUGGAACAGCAGACGGUGGACAAGCUGUUCCCUGCUCUGGAUGAGCUCCUGGAGCUCCACACGCAGCAUCUCCUCCGCCUCCUUGAGAGGAAGAGGGAAAGUCAGCAUGAGGGGGGAAGCUUUGAUGGAGGCUUUCUCAUCAACAGGAUCGGAGACAUUCUAGCCAACCAGUUUGCAGGAUCAAAUGCUGAAAGCAUGAAGAGGGUCUAUGGAAAGUUCUGCAGCCGCCAUAAUGAAGCCGUCAACUUCUACAAGGAGCUCCUCACCAAAGACAAACGCUUCAAGGCUUUCAUUAAAAAAAAGAUGAGCAGCAGCGUUGUGCGGAGGCUUGGCAUCCCAGAAUGCAUCUUGCUUGUGACUCAGAGGAUAACGAAGUAUCCGGUGCUGUUUCAGAGAAUGCUGCAUUACACUAAAGAGGGUGAAGAAGACUACGAGGACCUGAAGGAAGCGGUGCAGCUCGUGAGGGAUGUUAUCGCAGCCGUAGACUGUAAGGUGAACGAGCACGAGAAAAAACGUCGCUUGAAGGAAUUUCACAGCCGCUUGGACAGCAAGUCCAUCAUGAUGAUGAACAACGGUCAGAUGUUUGCCAGGGAGGAUCUGCUGAGGAGACGUCUGAUCCAUGAGGGGGCACUGCAGCUGAAAAACAGCCAGGGACGACUGAAGGAUGUCCACGCUCUGCUCCUAUUGGAUGUCUUCGUCUUCCUUCAGGAGAAAGACCAGAAAUAUAUUUUUGCUUUGCUGGACCAGCGCUCCACAGUCAUCUCUCUGCAGAAGCUGAUCGUUAGGGAGGUUGCUAACGAGGAGCGUGGCGUCUUCCUCAUCACGGCAGGUAUUGAGAAGCCGGAGAUGAUGGAGGUUCUGGCCAGCUCGAAGGAAGAACGCAACAUGUGGAUGCAACUCAUCCAGGAAGCCAUGCAGUCCAUGGAGAAGGAUGAGGAUGAAGGGAUUCCCAGUGAGACUGAAGAGGACAAGAGACAACUAGAGAGUAAAACCAAGGAGCUGAGAGAUCUGUUGAGGCAGAAGGAUGCAGAGAUUAUGUCUCUGUUGGAGGAGAAGGUCCGGCUCUUCAGGGGGCUGUGCGAGGGCCUGACCCCGGGCGAGGAGGCCUGCCGAGAGGUGGAGCCAUUCUUCAGGUCGGUCUGCAGUCUCGAUCCACCCAGAGGAGCAUCAAUCAUGAAUGAGGCCCUGGUGGAAGUGGAGACCUUACAGGAGCUUGUGAACAGCAGCCUGGGUGGAGCCAUGGCAAGCGUUCAUGAGGGUGGAGCUGCAGGACCCGUAUGUUUGCCCCGUCGGGCUGAGACUUUUGGAGGUUUUGACAGCCACCAGAUGCACAUCAGUAAGAAUGGAGACAGAGACGAGAGCGAGGACACAGUGGGAGAUCUGCGCAGGACAGAGUCUGACAGCGUUUUAAAGAAGGGAGGAAAUGCCAACCUGUUGCUGCUGCUGAAGAGGAGCAGUGAGCAGGUCCUUCACAGCAUCUCCAAUCUGCACCUCCUUCUCAGCUCUCUGCAGGCUGUCGUGGUUCAGCAGGACAGUUUUAUUGAGGACCAGCGACAGACCCUGAACGAGCGCUCUUCUUCUUGCACAUCUUUAUCACGGCAGUCCUCUCGGCCGAGCUCACUAAUAGAACAGGAGAAGCAGCGCAGCUUAGAGAAGCAAAGGCAGGAACUGGCCUCACUACAGAGACAACAGGCUGCUCACGCGGAGGAGAAGAAACGCCGGGAGAAGGAGUGGGAGCUGAGGGAGCAGCAGCUGGCAGAAAGGGAGGAUCUCCUGUCCACACAGGAGGAGGAGGUGAGGAAACAGACCAUGGAGCUGCAGGAGCAGAACCAGGAGCUGCAGAGUAAGAAGGAGAAUUACCAAAAAGAACUGGAGAGACUCCGAGACGCUCAGAGGAAGCUGGACAGGGACAGAGAGGCCAUGCAGCGGCAGCUUGAGAAGAUGGAGCAGCUUCGCCUUUAUGAAAGGACUCCCUCCACCACAUCAGAUGAUUCCCAGUUUGCCAGCAGCUCCCACUCUCUGGAAUUGGAUCCUCAGGAGGUUUCUUCCUCCCUGACACGGCUUCAGAGCCAGAGGUCUAAACCAAAAUCCAAAGGCCUCAAUCCUUUUACCUCAUUGUCCACUAAUCCCAGUAUGAAAGACGGCGAAUCGCACAACCAGGUGUCAAAAAGCCUGCUGCAGCUGGCCAAGACCAAGAACAAGGAGGGGAAGGAAAAGAAGAAGAAGAAGAAGGGCAAAGGAGGGAACUCACACAUGGCAGACUCCCAGCACCAACCAGAACCUCCAUUCGAUGGAGAGAUCUUCUUCUGCUGACAGAAGACUUGUCUGCCCCGCCCACAAAUCCUGCACAUGCUAAAAA